CAAAAACUUCGAAGUCUCUUCGAGCGAAACAAAGAGCGGGCAUAGCACAGCUCCAAUAGCCCCAGAAAUCGCACCUGUAUCUUGCAUUGAGCUCUGGACGGCGUAGUCACGCGUUUGGCCUCUUCUCUGCGUCAAGUUUUGCACACUCAAUGACGUCUACUUGAGGCGAAACUUUGUGACGGCAGCGACAACAGUGCUUCGCACGCAGCUCAAUUCUAACCACAAAGCCAGGUCAAUCCACCCAGAUGCAGUCUUACUUACGUUUUCUUUCGCCUCGUGGCGUGAGGCCUCUAGGAUUGCGCGCUGCUCGCCCAAGGCAGUUUCCGCUCGUGCGGCGGUGUCUUGCACAGUCACAAUUCCGACCAUUUUACGAGAGCUCCGCGACCGACCGUCAAGAUGGAUCACCAGCAAACCAGAAUGGAGGGCCAAAACUGUCACCGUUCGUACCCCUUGACACCUUCCCACAUCGACACAUUGGGCCCUCGUCACCGGAGGUGCAGCAAAUGCUUAAGGCUUUGGAUCCGCCUGUAGAGUCGCUUGAUGAUUUUGUAAAGGAGGUGCUUCCCGCAGACAUACUGUCUUCAAGAGACCUGCACAUUGACGGGCCAGGAUCGAGGACCAAAGAUGGGAAGAAGUCAAAGCUUGAUGAGGAAGGUUAUUCUGAGUCACAGCUCCUGGCUCGACUUAGGUCGAUAGCAAGCAAGAACAAGGUUUACCGAAGUUAUAUCGGUUGUGGAUAUGCGGGAACACGCGUUCCGGAGGUCAUCAAACGAAACGUGCUAGAGGGGCCUGGGUGGUAUACCAGCUACACACCAUACCAGCCUGAAAUCAGCCAAGGCAGACUGGAAUCCCUUUUGAACUUCCAGACCAUGGUCGGUGACCUCACUGGGCUGGCUAUGGCGAAUGCUUCCGUGCUAGACGAACCUACUGCUGCUGCAGAGGCAAUGACGCUGAGUCUGAACUCGUUGCCGAGUUCCAGGCAGAAGAGAAAGAACAAGGUGUACUUCGUCUCUCACCUUUGUCAUCCACAGACGAUUGCUGUGCUUCAUGCACGAGCCCAAGGUUUCGGUAUCGAGAUUCGUGUAGGCGAUGUCCUUGCUGAUAACUACAAGAAUGUUAAAGACAUUGGCGAAGAUUUGGUUGGCGUGCUCGUGCAAUAUCCCGACACAGAGGGCAAUGUCAGCGAUUUCAGAGGCUUGUCAGAUUUGGUGCACAAAAUGGGUGGCACGUUGAGCGUUGGAACUGAUCUUCUUGCGCUUACGGUGCUCACACCACCAGGAGAAUGGGGAGCAGAUGUUGCCUUUGGCAAUGCCCAACGAUUCGGCGUGCCUUUCGGUUAUGGUGGACCACAUGCCGCGUUCUUUGCUACAAGCGACAAACACAAACGUAAAAUUCCAGGUCGUUUAAUUGGUCUUUCGAAGGACAGAUUGGGUGACCCGGCUGCGAGACUGGCAUUGCAAACAAGAGAGCAACACAUUCGACGAGAGAAGGCAACGAGCAAUAUUUGUACUGCUCAAGCGUUGCUUGCCAACAUGAGUGCUUUUUACGCUAUUUAUCACGGCCCACAGGGUCUAAAGGCCAUCGCAGAAAGAACAAUUACGAUCGCGAGAGUGAUGCAAAAGGCUUUGGAAGAUAUGGGCUACAAAACAGGACGCAGCAGAUCUGGUCUCGUACAGUUCGAUACCGUGGUCAUCAAGGCCACGAAUGCCAAAGAGCUGGUGAGCUGGGCUGUUCAAGACAAACAGAUCAACCUUCGGUUGCUUGACGAUGAGCAUGUGGCGAUCACAGUCGACGAGACGGUAGAUAAGCAGGACAUCGAAGACAUACUCUCAAUCUUUGCAAAGUUUGCCUCUACUACACCGAAAAUCAACCUUGAAAAGAUUGCCGAAGAAGUCGGCUAUGACGCUCAGCAAAUAGCACCACCGUUCAGGAGGAGUUCUAGCUAUCUUACGCAUCCAGUCUUCAACACCCAUCACUCCGAAACAGAACUGCUGCGCUACAUUCACCAUCUUCAGUCGAAGGACUUGUCACUCACUCAUUCCAUGAUUCCCUUGGGAUCUUGCACAAUGAAGCUAAACGCGACUACCGAGAUGGUCCCUGUUUCCUGGCCGGAAUUCUCAUCACUACAUCCUUUCGUGCCAACAGAUCAAGCUCAGGGCUAUGCACAGAUGAUCAAGGAGCUGGAAACCGAUUUGGCGAUGAUAACGGGCUUCGAUGCCGUUUCCGUGCAACCAAAUUCGGGUGCCCAAGGCGAAUUCACCGGUCUGCGUGUCAUUCGCGAAUAUCAGAAACAGCAGCCAGGAAAGAAGCGUGACAUCUGCUUAAUCCCCGUAUCCGCCCAUGGCACAAAUCCCGCAAGCGCAGCGAUGGCAGGGAUGCGGGUCGUGCCUAUUAAGUGUGACACUGUUACUGGGAACCUCGACAUGGCUGACUUGAAAGCGAAAUGUGAAAAGCACAGCGAAGAGCUAGGCGCUAUUAUGAUCACUUAUCCAAGCACCUUUGGAGUGUUUGAGCCUAACAUCAAGGAAGUUUGCAAGCUUGUUCACAAUCACGGCGGCCAGGUGUACAUGGACGGAGCAAACAUGAAUGCUCAAAUUGGUCUAUGUUCACCCGGUGAGAUUGGCGCAGACGUUUGCCAUCUCAACCUGCACAAGACGUUCUGUAUUCCACAUGGUGGUGGUGGACCUGGUGUCGGUCCCAUCGGAGUCAAGUCACACCUUGCGCCGUUCCUGCCAGGCCAUCCUCUUGUCCCCAAUGUCGGCGGUGAAAAGGCAAUUCCUCCCGUUUCAGGUGCACCAUGGGGCUCUGCAUCUAUCCUUCCCAUUUCUUGGGCCUACAUCAAGAUGAUGGGUGGCCUCGGACUUACACACGCGACGAAAAUCACGCUCUUGAACGCAAACUAUAUUCUUUCUCGCCUCAAACCUCACUAUAAGAUCCUUUACACUAAUUCGAAUGGUCGUUGUGCGCAUGAAUUCAUUCUAGAUGUCCGAAGAUUUAAAGAGACGGCGGGAGUAGAGGCCAUCGACAUCGCGAAACGUCUCCAGGACUACGGUUUCCAUGCUCCGACAAUGUCGUGGCCCGUGGCGAAUACUCUCAUGAUUGAACCAACAGAGUCGGAAAGUAAGGAAGAGCUCGAUAGAUUUUGCGAUGCAUUGAUCGAGAUUAGAAAGGAGAUCGCCGAGAUAGAGGAGGGAAAGAUGCCAAAGGAGGGUAAUGUCCUUAAAUUGGCACCACAUAGUCAGAAGGACAUCAUCCUCAGCACAGAUUGGGAGACGAGGCCGUAUGACAGGGCCAAAGCGGCAUAUCCGCUUCCAUACCUGAAGGAGAAGAAAUUUUGGCCUGCCGUAACAAGGCUUGACGAUGCUUACGGUGAUGUGAACUUGUUCUGCACAUGUGCUCCUGUAGACAAUGAGCAUUGAAGUAACUUGUGCGGCGACACCACGUCGGACGUUCGUAUCAAAACCAGCUCGAUACAGCCUGGCCUUCAACAAGACCAGCAUCUGUAGUCGAGAACUUGGUGAAAGGUUAUUAUAGGCAACUGAUCAUGGAUAGGCGCUUUGGGGAUAGACAGCGAUGGAAUGCUAUUCAACAUCUCGUGAGCGUUUUAGCGACGGCGUUUAACAUUCUGCCCCGCAGUAUAACGUAAUAAAAGACGGGGGAGACAGGGAGCUCUUUCUCAUCAAAGAUCUAAUUCCGGAGAACAGUAUCUUGAAAUCGUAAUUCUUUUACCUCUUGGCGAGGUCCCGUGGCUUUCUGUCUACACACUGCGUGCUUGAGCUGGGCACCGUAUUACACACGGUGAAUACAUUAUGCUAUGCGUUACGACCCCGCUCUCUCCAAACACGACGAAGGUGAUAUAAUCAUCAAGCCCAUACCGUUAGAUAUGCG